AUGCAGUGGAAAGUGUCGUUUAUCACCAAAUGCUAUGCAAAAGACGACGAAUGCAUAACGAACUCUACAAACGCAGCUAUACCAGUUUUCACUGCUGGUGUCCCCGAGUAUGGUGUGGAGACAUUGGACCCAGUAACCUUCGAGACCAUAGACUCGUCUGCCCCAAACCUUAAAUUAAUGUUAGACUCCAUAACCCUCAAAGGACUGAGAAAUUGUAUCGCAACGAAGGCUCACCGCGACGACAGUAACAGCAGGUUAUUGUUGACAAUACAAUGCAACGCUACCCUGGAUGGUCACUACACCAUGUCGGGUCAACUGCUGAUGUUGUCCAUUGAGGGAAAUGGGAAGGUUCACGUGUAUCUUAAUGAGGCUUCAUUUGAUGUCAUCUUGAAUGUGAAAGAUGUACAGGAGAAAGAUGGGAAGAACCAUUGGGAUGUCCGGAGCUGGUCAUACAAGUAUCAGCUUAUUGGGAAAUCCAAUGUCCGUUUUGAAAAUCUUUUCAAUGGAAAUAAAAUUCUAUCGAAAGCGGUCGAAGCAGUCAUAGCAGACAAUGGAAACGAAAUCAUAUCCACGGUCGGGUCGCCAGUCAUCAAAACUGUGGUUGUCAGAAUCAUAAACACCAUCAGACCCUUCUUCCUAGCGGUUCCUACGGAAAAUUUAAGCUUUGAUUAA